AUGAGCGCGGGGGGGCGCCUCAGGGGUUUUGCCGCGCGCACACGCGACAGGUUCAAGGACAGGGCGUUCAAGGUCGCGGAUGUGGACGCGCAGCUCGCGGCGCGCGCCCGCGGGGCGCAGAUGGCCAAGGUGCUCGGGGCGCGCGACCUCACCAUGCUCGGCAUCGGCGGCAUCAUCGGCGCUGGCGUGUUCGUGUUGACUGGCGUCGGCGCACACAAAAAGGCCGGCCCCGGCAUCAUGAUCUCCUACCUCCUCGCGUCCAUGGCCGCGUUUCUGUCGGCGCUGGCGUACACCGAGUUCGUCGUGGACCUGCCCGUCGCGGGCGGCGCGUUCAAUUACAUCAACCUCACCUUCGGAGAGCUCACCGCGUGGUUCGUGGGGGCCAACAUGGUGCUGGAGUACACCUUUUCGUCGGCAGCGGUGGCGCGCGGAUUCACGUCGUACCUCGCGACGCUGCUCGGCCUCGCGCCGGACGACCUCCGCAUCGACAUCGGCUUCACCGAGCUCGACCCGCUCGCCUUCCUGGCCGUCGUCGGGCUGUGUUAUCUGCUGGCGCGCGGAACAAAGGAUUCGAAGAACUUCAACUGGGGCGUCACGACGAUCAACCUGGCGUGCAUCAUCUUCGUGCUCCUGGCCGGGUUCCCGCACGCCGAGCCGCGCAACUGGCGCGACUUCGCCCCGUUCGGCGCCCACGGCAUCUUCGCCGGCGCCAGCGUGGUGUUCUUUUCCUUCAUCGGGUUCGACACCGUCGCGACGACCGCCGAGGAGGUCAAGAACCCCGGCCGCGACCUCCCCAUCGGCAUAUGCGCCAGCCUCGCGGUCUGCGCGGCGCUGUACGCCCUCAUGGCCGCCGUCAUCACGGGGAUGGUCUACUGGCCUGACAUCGAUGACGACGCGCCCUUCUCGGUGGCGUUCGACGACAUCGGGCUGCACUGGGCGUCGGUGAUCGUGUCGUUCGGCGCCGUGACGGGGAUCGUGACGUCGCUGCUGGUGUCGCUCAUGGGGCAGUCGCGCGUGUACGUCACGCUCGCCCGCGAGCGCCUCAUCCCCCACGUCAUGGCGCGGGUGAGCGAGCGGACGCACGCGCCCGUGCACGCCACCGCGGUCGCGGGCGGGCUGUCGGGGCUGCUCGCGCUGUGCGUGGACAUCGAGGUCCUCGCGGAGCUCGUGUCCGUCGGGACGCUGUUUGUGUUUUUCUGUGUGUCAGGGGGGGUGUUAAUGCGGAGGUACCACGACCCGAAGGGCGACGCCGCGCCCACGCCGGUGCUCCUGCGGCUCUUCGCGAUCACGGGGCUCGGGGCCGGGCUCAGCGCGACGUUCCAGACGCGCCAGCACUGGUCGUCGCAGCUCGUGUUCGCGCUCGCCGCUCUGAUGGCGGGGGGGUCUUUCCUGCUCCUGAAGGAGGUCCACUCCCCCACGGGGUUCAAAGUCCCCCUCAGCCCGAUCACGCCGACGCUGGGCAUGCUCUGCACGUCCUUCCUCAUCGGCUCCCUCGGGUUCGUCGCUUACAUCCGCUUCGGCGUCUGGCUGCUCAUCAGUUUCGUGUUCUACCUGACGUACGGCGUCCACCAGGAUCCCAGCCCGGACGGCGACCACGAGGCUGUGCCCGCAUCGGCGACGGCCUCCCCGCGAGGGAGCGUUGCGCGCGCUUCGCUGCAGCAGCCCCGAGGCAAGCGACACAAGCACACGAACGGCAACGGGCUCACGGCGGACGACUUCAUCGAGGUGGAAUUGGCAGAUAUGAAUUCUCCAAGUAGCAACAACGGCUUCGGAGUGACUGGGGCGGCGGUGGCCGGCGGGGUGAUGUUCGGCGCGGGCGAGGGGAACGGGUCGGUGCUGCCGGUCGGUGCGGGCUCCGUGGGGUCGCCGUACGGGCCCGGCGGGUGGCGUCGCGGUGCCUCGUCCGGGGGGGUGUGGGCGCGGCUGCGGUCGCUGCUCGGCGGGCGUGGCGCAGGCACGCUCGCAGCGAGGGUGCUUGACAGCUGA